AUGUCGACCAAACUCACCUCUCCAUCAUCAGCUAAAAAGAAGAACAUUCCGAGCACACCAUUAUCCAACAACAACAACAUGAUUCAAACACCUUCAUCUAAAAAAAAGAAACAAGAAACAACAACUCCAUCGAAGGCAAAGAGCACUACACCCGAAACGUCGACUACUGCUUCUUCUAAUGGGAUGGAAGAUGAUCAACAACAUGUCAACAAGAACAUUCCAAAUUCUACACCUCUCAAAUGUAUCUUCUCAACAUUAUCAAACAAUGAUACAAGCAAAUUCAAAUUCUUACAACAAGAAUGUGUGGAUGAAAUCAUUGAUUUAGAUUGUCAAUCCUCUCAACAAUUUGAUUCUGAAUAUAUUUUGACUGUUUGUAAGAAAAACAAUGGAAACAAGGAGUUUUAUACUCUCAAUUUCACUCCACAAGAUUUGAAAAAUGAUGAUCUAUCCAAGACUUUGAAAGUUGCUGUAAAAAAGAAUUCUUCUAAUUCAUCAAUUCUUCUAUUUCAAAAUGAAUAUAUUGAUAUCAAUCAAGAUCAUGUAUUACAUACAUUGAAAGGAACAUCAUUGAGUAUUUCUUUAAAGAAAUAUCUUUUGAAAUAUUCCUCUUCAUUGAAUACCAUUGAAUACAAAUAUAGUAAUUCUCAUGUAUUGCUGUACUUGGAUACAAGUACAAAUACUCUCUAUUCAUUCAAUUAUAUCCAAAACGUACACUCACCAUUGGUUACAUUUAAGAAGGAAUUUAAGAAUAUUUCAAUUUUUAAUUAUGGACAUGCCAACAAUGUUGAUUCCAAAUCAGAUUCAACUUAUUAUGUGGUGUCCAUGCAUGAUCACUUCCAUCAAUAUAUACAAAUUUGGAAUUCUACGUUUAAUUGCGUCAUGAAAUAUUCUACCAUUUCAAACUCUCAUAUUCUUCUCUCUUAUCAACAUCCAUACAUUGCUACCUCACAGUGUGUGUAUAAAUUAUUCAAAUUCACACCCAUUCCGUUCACAAAACCCAUGCAAUUAAGAAAUAGACAUUUAACGAACCCAUUCAUUGAAAUACCAAAACAAGAACACAAUGGAUUUGUCUAUUCCAUUCAUGAUUCUACUCAAUGGAACCAACUCGAACAAGAAAUGGUUAUGAAAAAGAAUAACUUGUUGAGACUCAUUUCCAAUCAAUCCUUAACUCUUUGUAUCAAACAAUUACCUUUAAUUGAGUAUUAUCAAAUCUUGUUAGAAUAUAUUUAUCAACAUUUGAGAAAUGAAAGUACUCCUCAGAGGAAUUCUGGUCAGCUUGGAAGUGAUGAGAGAUCUAUGAAGAAGAAUUCAAAUCAGAUGGAUAUGAAGAAGAAUUCAAAUCAGAUGGAUAUGGAUUCGACUCGUUCCAACACUACACUUGAACUCUUAGAUGGUCUCUUUUAUUUACUUUCUAAUUAUAAUCAAAUUCAAAAAUCAACCACAGGAAUGGAUGGAACCAUGAGUAUUCACAUUUCCAUUAUGAAUCAAAUCAUUCAAUACUUGUUAGAGAAUUAUACUCGUUCUCAUCGACCAUGUUUAGAUUUAAUAUUGAAAUUGAACAUGUUAAAUGAUGAGCAAAUUAUUUCUUAUUUAAAUGUUUAUGGAAAUGACAAGUAUGAAUAUGGUAUUCAAUUAGUACUUGAUACUCAAUAUAGAAAUGUACAGGUGUUGAGUAUGAUGAAACAUAUCAAGGUGUUAUCCUUUGAAAUUAUUGAAUUGAUUUUGAGAUUAUUGAGUGGUAAGAGUGUUGGUGAGAAUAAGAGUAAGACUACUACAGGUACAACUACCACAACUACAACUCGAAAUGAUGAUGAACAGCAAGAUGAAUCUAGUCGUAAUAGUCGUACACCACCACCAUCAUGCGUUUCAAUAGAAUCCUGUAUGGUAUGGACUCAAGUCUUGAUUCAUUCCCAUUUUGGUGAUUUUCUGCGAAAGAAGGAAUGUUUAAAUCUAUUACAAGACAUUCAAUUAAGAAUUCAUCAACAUGUUCAUGAAUUGAAACAAUUAGCACUUGUGAAGAGUGAAUUGGGAGUGAUUACAUCUGGAAUGAUUUUACCUAAACAACGACAUCAUCCGAAAUUACAAGUUUCAGAAGGAGGAUUGAGAUUGAAUGGAGCUCAUUGGAAUCAAAGACAAGAACAUGGUUCUGAUUUAGGUCCAGUCGUGAAUGACUAUCAUGUGAGUGUCAAUGUUUAUUAUUGA